AAUGACGUUUUUUGACCUCAACCUAUAUGUCAUAUAAUCUAACCUUAAAAUUGUGUAAAAAAAACUUUUCAUCACGGGCCCCAUUUAUUUAUUAGUGUGUCUUGCAUUUAAGCAAUGUCCGUUUUAAGAAUUUUGAACCCAAGUGAAGCCUUCAGAGCUGUCUUUAGAUUACAAAACAGGAGUCUAUCAUUGUGUCCCAAACUGCAAAUUAAACAGAUUGAGGAAGUUCAAACUGAUAAAAAUAUAACAAUCAGUGCUCAAAUUUUACCCUCUGGACGAGAACCCUACCUUUUGCAGAAUGCACACUCUUCGUGUUGUCCCAUUUGUGCAUCCGGUUUGGACAUAAAACACACUGAUGUUUUAAUAUUAAGCCAAUUUGUCCGUUCCGAUGGGUGUAUGUUACCACGAAGAGUAACUGGUUUAUGUAAGAAACAGCAAAAACGGAUGUCAUCUCUUGUUACAAUGGCACACAAAGCGGGGCUUAUGCCGAAUUUGAAACCUGAGAACAGCCACAAGGACCCAAAGAAGAGGCCCCUAUGGAAGAAAUUUAACAAAUAUUUUGAUGAAUCAACAAUUAAGUGUUAAAAAAAAAUUGUCACUAAAUGGGUUUUUAUUCAAUAUGUAAAAAUAACUGAGUACAAAUGUUAAAAUAUAAAACAUAAAAGCUUAAAACUACUUUCCCUUU